AGAUAAAAACCUCGGGGCUACUCAGAGCUACCGAUGGAUCUUUCUCCGUGUUUAUACCUGUUUCUUAUUUUUGUUUCAACAAUCGUGUUGGCCUAAAUCUUCAGUCGGAAAGUUAACAUUAUUGCAUUCUAACCUAGCGAAAUAUCGACAUACGAAAAAUGCAUACUGCAACCAUAUGAUAGAAACAUUAAUCGAAAUUAAGAAACUUGGAUCACCGUCAUACAGUAGUUUUACAAUAAGGGAGCCACCGAAGAGAAUCGUUUAACCUAAGUCGUACAAUACAUCAGACAUAAGCCAGUAAUGUCUGUCCCCUCUUCAUCGUCUAAUAAAAUAACUGACAGUAAACCAGGCGGUACAAGUCCAAGUCCUAUAGAAGGUAUCGAAGGUGUUCCAGGGCCUAGUUCUUUAGAACCUAUGCAUUCUGUUUUACCACAAGAUGGAGAAUCUGAAGAUUAUGGAGAUGAUGGUGAAGAAGAAGAGGAUGAUAGUAGCGAAGAAGAAAGCGAAAUUAGCGACACUGGAAUGUUUUGCGAGGAAGAAUGCGAACCUAAUCUUGAAAGUAAUAAUUGUUCAUUGUCUACAUCACAGUCACAAUCUCUUACACAACGAGUGCAGAGUCCUAUUUUACACACCUGUGUACCGCUUGAUGUUAUUCAACCACAAAGAAAGCGUAAAAGUGAAACAGAAUCAAAUUUACCUUGUAAAAAACUUAAUCCCGAAGAUAAAUCACAUUCGAUGAUUAUUAAAACGCUAGAUGAUAAAAGCAAACAUAUAAGAUGCGUUAUUCCGACAAAAGAUAAUCCUCCGCCUGAAAUGAGUAACUGGCUUUUACAGUUUCAGAGGUGGUCGAAUGCGGAAAGAAUGUUAGCUAUAGGUGAAUUAAUUGAACGAUGUGAACCGACGCAAGUGCGACACAUGAUGCAGGUGAUAGAACCUCAGUUUCAGAGAGAUUUUAUAUCUUUGUUGCCAAAGGAGUUGGCUUUGUCCGUAUUAGCUUUCCUAGAACCAAGAGAUCUUUUACGGGCCGCGCAGACGUGUCGUAACUGGCGGUUUCUUGCCGACGAUAAUUUGUUAUGGAAAGAAAAAUGCAGAGCAGCUGGUAUAGAAGAUUUAAAAGAUUUACCUCCGAUAAAACGUAAAAAUGGUAGAAAUUCUGGUAAUUGUUCGUCCCCGUGGAAACAAGCGUAUAUGAGACAGCACAAUAUAAAAAUGAACUGGAGGACAAAACCGAUCCGCACGCCAAAAGUUUUAAAAGGUCAUGACGAUCAUGUGAUUACGUGCCUACAGUUUUCUGGUAAUCGUAUAGUAAGUGGUUCCGAUGACAAUACUCUCAAAGUGUGGUCCGCUGUUACGGGCAAGUGUUUAAGAACAUUGGUCGGGCACACUGGUGGUGUAUGGUCAUCGCAAAUGUCUGGUACUACUGUAAUCAGUGGCAGUACAGAUCGGACCUUAAAAGUGUGGAAUGCUGAAACCGGUCAAUGCAUUCACACGUUAUAUGGGCAUACAUCUACCGUGAGGUGUAUGCACUUGCAUGGUAAUAAAGUAGUCAGUGGUAGUAGAGAUGCUACGUUAAGGGUAUGGCAAGUGGAUACCGGCGAAUGUUUACACGUGCUAGUGGGCCAUAUGGCAGCUGUUAGAUGUGUGCAAUAUGAUGGAAAAUUAGUGGUCAGUGGAGCCUACGACUAUAUGGUUAAGGUUUGGAAUCCCGAACGUGAGGAGUGCCUUCAUACUCUACAAGGACAUACAAAUCGUGUUUAUUCCCUCCAAUUUGAUGGUGUACAUGUCGUUAGCGGUUCUUUGGAUACAAGUAUAAGAGUAUGGGAAGUUGAAACCGGGGCGUGUAGACAUACGUUAAUGGGACACCAAUCGCUCACUUCGGGAAUGGAAUUACGUAAUAAUAUUUUGGUGUCUGGAAACGCAGAUUCGACUGUUAAAGUAUGGGAUAUCGUUAGCGGUCACUGCCUUCAAACCCUUUCUGGUCCAAAUAAACAUCAAUCCGCGGUCACAUGCCUACAGUUCAACAGUCACUUUGUAAUUACUUCGUCCGACGAUGGCACAGUUAAACUAUGGGACGUUAAAACUGGUGAUUUUAUAAGAAACUUGGUCGCUCUGGAAAGCGGCGGAAGUGGUGGUGUUGUGUGGAGGAUACGUGCAAGUGAUACAAAACUGGUGUGUGCAGUGGGUAGCCGUAAUGGCACAGAAGAGACCAAACUUCUCGUCCUCGACUUUGAUGUAGAGGUAAAAUAGUGUACUUUUUUGCUGCCGAAACUACUCUCCUCUAUGACUUCUGUACAUACUCUGAUUAGGUAGCAUAACUAAUCUACUGUACAAUGAUUCAUGUAUUACGUGGAGUGAUUGUGAUAAGAAUGUAUGUUGAAAUUCUGAAGGGAGAUCACAAAAAGUCAAAUGUGGUUUUAUAGUUGUUGCAAAUGAUCUCCGAAGUGGUAGAACGUUCAAACUGAAGGCAUUAAUUAUAUUAAUUAUGGAGUGUAUUAAUUAUGGUGUACAAAUAUGAGAUUUCAAAGACUCGACAAAUUACGAAGAAUGAGGAGCUUAUCAAUGUACUAUUGUAUUAUUGCUGUUAUGAAACUUGAAGGAAAUCGCUAGUAAUUUAAAUGAAAUCAGCCCGCCAUAAGCAUUAUGAUUACAUAACGAUUCAUAUAGGCGUUUAGGAGAGUAUUUUUAAACUACUGAAAGAAAGAUUUCUUACCGUCUUUGUCAAGCUUAUAGAUGAAAAUAUCGCAUAAAGAAUCUCAAAUUUCAAUAAAUAAAUGAAAGAUUCAAAUUAAAAUGACGAAAAAAUGAGAAACAAAAAAUUAAAAUGAAAUAAUAUAUUUGGGUAAAAUACAGAAUGAAAAUGACCAAAUUGGUAAAGAUACUUCUUGUACAAUAAGUUCUUUAACUUCGUUUUAUUUCAUUUAACUUAUUUAAAUUCGUCAUUUACGUUGAUUAAAUUAAUUACUAUGGGAACUGUGCAUAAUUUAUUGGAUGAUGCAAACACUAUUUAAUAAUUUUUAAAUGAAAUGUGUACCGCUUUUCAUUUAAUCUAUUUUGUUUCAUGAACGUCAAUUUGUAUUUCAUUGUCUACAGUGUUCAUGGACAAGUGUUCAUACGAAAUCAUAGAAUUAAUUAGUAAUUAUACCUAAUUUUUUGGCUUAAAAUUAUGUCUUUGAAAAUCAUAACGAUGUCCAGCAUUUCAUCGACACUAACGUUAUCUUGCAUUGGAACUUAUAACUUUGUCUUAUGUUGCUCGUUAAUCAGAGCAUCGGCGAACGUGUUAUGGGCAAGAAAUUUAUGAAAUGAUUCCACAUAAAACAGAAAAUUUAACGAUUCUGUUAGUAUUUCACUAUCAAACCCUUAUCAUGACCAUUCAGUUAUCAUUUAAUGUUAUUAUUAUAGCUAUUCGCGACUUUAACUUUUUAUGAUUAAUAUUCAAUCAUAACGAGAAGUUUACAAAUUGCAGGGUAUUAAUUAAAAAAUUGUGUAAAGUCCGAAAUAUUCAAACUCUUCGUCUUACAUUUUAUUUACUUUACAUGUUUAUUACACGAAAGGAGUAAUAUAUAAAGUGUUUUUUUUACCAAAUACUUCAGAAGUAUUUGACAGACUUCUUGCAUGUAACACGUUCAAGAAGCAUUCGCAAUUUAUUAUUUGCUAUUUGAUCAAACAACCAGAGUUAAUCCUUUAUCCGUGAUAAUAAUUUAAUUCGAUUGUCAAGGGCUUAACAUUUAAAUAAAAUGUAUUAAUUUUGACAUUAGUAAGUCUGGUUUUGCCAUGGCGCAAUAAUAAGAGUUGCAGACUUCUCUGUGCAAUAUGCACAAAUUGAGUAAGCGAGACUAAAUCGGUUAUCAUACAAGGAUAAUUUUAAUUAACAAAUUUGUUCAAAGUAUCUCAGAUUUUUAUGUCGAAUUAAUUUUUUUUUUUACAAAUUGUAUCGUUACAGAAAUUAUAUAACGUUCAGUUUUAACUGACAGUAGAAUCUGUAAGUUCUAUCUGUAAUUCAGAAUACGAUUCGUGUAAAUGCAAUUUUUAUUAUUGAACCUAGGAUAUUCUAAGAAUUGUGUUUUAUUUGUAUAUUGCUCAAUAGUUUAUAUUUGUAAUGAUGUGUUAUCUGUUGUAUCAUUUUUUAUAAGAAAUAGAAAAUGUUGCUGCAUUUUAAAUUCUCUUGCAUUUUGUCUUGAAUUAAUUUGUAACAAUUUCUGGUAUCAAAUUUCUUUAAUACUUUAUAUACAGGUGUUAU